AUUGGACACGGCUUCUAUUUCGGCCAAAUCUCACAAAAAAAACAAAAGGAGUAAAAAAAUAAUAUACUAGUUCACAUUAAAGCUAUCUAAUUUACAAGCAAAUCAAAAGGUGGAACUCCAUUGGCACGUUUCCGAAUGCCAUGAUUCAUCAUCAUGUGGACAUAUAUGAUGGCCGCAAGCCGUGGAGAACGGGCGAAUAUGAUGAUGUCCGCCUCGAGACGUCGCAAUGAAAGUGAAUCACCGAAAUAUGGUUACAACGUCGGCCGCUCAAUGCCAUAUCGUUCGACUGCUCGCCACAAUGUGCUGCCACUGCACUCAUCAGCGAGCUCAACAUUACCGUCUGGUGCAUAUACGUCUUAUCCACAUACAACAACAACAACAACACCAUACUACGAAUCACACCAUCUCAGCAGUAGCCAGGCCGCUGCCCCUAAUUUGCCAAGCGCCAGCACCAGCGCCGCUUCCACA